AUGGGACGACGCGGAGCGGGAACCACCCACAAGAAGUGGGACCCUGCAACGGGCGCAAGCCCCGACAAGGGCGUCAACAUGCAGGUGGUGUUCGACAGGGUCAGCCGUCUGUACUGGCUGGAGAGUUGGUGGAGCAACCCCGUUUACGGCGAAGACUCGGAAUACCGGGUCAAAGCCACCGAGGACAUAUGCAGAGCGGAGGCGGCCCGUCUGGGCUUUAGUGUCGUGGUCAUUCGUGCUGGUGUGCACAAUAAGCGCAACCAGCACGAUGACGCUGGCACCGUCAUCACGAGAAAUGACCCGCGUACAGGCCGCACCACGCAUGACAUCGUCGAUGCCGAUUGGCAUGUCACGGUGUUGAUGGGCAACGACCCAGAUAAUUUGAUUAUCCAUGGUCACAUUUAUUUGGUCUGGGACCACCUUGUGCGCCAGCAACGCGGAGUGUUUGGCUUACGGAAGCUCCCUCAUGGUGAGAGCCAGGGCCCCACGGCCUACUGGUCCCUGUGUUAUUUCACAGGGCGUUCGUGGGGGGCUACCUUCUUCCAUGUGAAUUUGGUAGAGUGUCAUCAGAGUUGA